AUGAACAUUGAUGUCUCCGUAGUACCUGAUAGCGUCAAGCCAAUUCCUCCGCAGUGGGUCAAUGAUGUGGAGCUUGACGAGUUCGGGGCGGAGAUGGGUGAUGUCAUUGGCGAAGGGUGGCCGUUCGUUUGGCCACCACAGGAGCGGAAACAGCGCUAUCUCAGUGCCUUGCGUCGCUUAGAGCUCGCAGAGGAGCGGUUCAAGGUGCUUCCAAAUCAUUCACAGAAGGAGGUGAUGAGACCUUUGUAUUUGUACUACAGGCGGUUGAAGAACCAGCUCGCCAGUGCAGACUCAGGAGGAGCACGAGAACAAGACAGCGAUGAUGACUUGCUGGCCAGGCGCUGUUUUCUUUUCACUUGUGUGUUGUUCACGUGGCUCAGGAGGUCUUCCCGAGAAAAGGCGGAACAACAAAUCGGGCAGUUGGAGGCACGGGCCAACUCACUCCAGCAGGAGAAAGGUGCGAUUCGAGCCAAACUCAAAGAGUUCCAAGAAAAUUUCGUUCUUCAACAUCACCGCAAGAUCCGGUUUCACAAGGAUAUUCUGCCGAUCGAGAAGGAAUACCGCUUGUACAAAAACAUCAAAGAAGAACUCCAAAAGGCAGGGCAGACCCUUCGAAGGUUGCAGCUGCACUGGGGCUGCACAGCACUAGCUUUGUGGGCAACGGGCUUCCAGGAGAAGGCCCCUUGGGUCGGACCGAAGAAGGGCUCUUGGGUCAAGAUCCUUCGACCCGAGUCCUACUGGUAUCAGACCAGGGGUCAGGUGGUGAACGUCAACCAGAAGCCCGAAGUGAAGUACCCGGUGACCGUGAAGUUCGACCGAGUCAACUUCAGCAACGUGAACACAAAUGGCUUUGCCCUUUGGGAGGUGAUCGAGGCUGCUGAACCUGGUCCUGGUGAGGUCUGA